UUGUACUAUGCAUCAAACAGAUGUCACCAUGAAAUACACAUGCAUUUGAUACAAAAAAUCAAUAUUUUAGUAAUUUUAGUUAUUUGUUUUCUCGCCUGAGAAAAAAUGUUUUUAGCAAAAACAAUAGUUAAUAUUUUAGUUUUUCAAAAUAUUUUUGCACAUGGAAAUUUAUUACUAUAUUCUUCACGUAAAGUAGAAAUACCAGCAUUAGAAAGUAUUCAGCGAGACGAUUUACAAUUUUAUUUAGAAAAAAAUAAGUUAGAUAAACCGAAAUUAGUAACAUUUAAUUAUGAAACACUAAAUGAAAAUGUUCUAAAUGCGUUUAAAUCAAAAUACAGUUGUUACGUACCAAAUGCGAACAUUAAUUUUGAAAAUGCAACUGUGUUACUGGGAAAUGCGGACCAGGAUAAAAUAACUAUAAAACGCAGUCUUCUACCCUUUCAACACGAUGAGAACGUAGUGAUAGUGUUAUCUCCGUUGAAAAGGAGACCCAAACGGGCAAUAAAUAUAUCUACUGAGUUACCAACAACUGUACCAAAGUACACCACAGCUGAUACAACCACCGGCAAUGUACCAACAGGCCCCGUACUAUUCGGAGCAUCAUUUAAGGAUGUUCAAACUAUGAUAUACUCUUCUAAACCACCCCUAUUAUACAUAGAUUCGACUUCUUUGAGCUUGGGAAAUCCAAAAUCGAGCAGUAUCGAUUCCAGAGAUUCUUACGUUCGUCUGAUAGUAACGAUACAGGUUAACGAUGGUCCGGAAAAGGUAGUUUUGCGUUUCAGAUUCCCCUGGCUAAACGGCUAUUGGUCUUUGACAAGCGUUGACGUUGAAAAAGACACAAAGACGUACAAUUUGAGCAUCCUGAAUGACGUGAAUGCACCCAGGAGGUUUUCGUAUCACUGUGGGGGCGAAACAGUUUUUAAAAAUGAAGAAGCCAAACUGAUUUUGUACGAGAUUCAAGCCCAACCGGACGCACAAGAUAACAAGUUCAGCGACGCAUACAACUGCGUACCAUUUACCACUAUUCCGAUAUGGUCUGGAUUGUUUGUUACAUUUAUACUGAUUAUAGGACUCAUCAUAGGUUUGGAUGCGCUGGGAAGCAUUAAAACUAUGGAUAAGUUCGACAAUUAUAAGACGAAGCAACUGAGUAUUACGGUUGCUGAAUAAUUGGCGAUUUUUUUCUUAAAUUUAUCUUUUAUCGCUAAAGGUCAUUGCUAUGGUAGGUAAUCAUGAUUAAUUUA